AUGCAGGGUCGCACUGUCAUGCUGUUGGCUGCAGCCUUGCUGGGAGCCUUUGUUUGGCAAAGUGCCUUCGUCCAGACCUCUGGCACCGGCGCCAAGGUCAGCAACCAUGCUCAGGUCAGUGCUCAGGGCCGCCUGCCGGAGAUGAUGGAAUCUCAGGAUGAGGGCGUGAACUCCUUUGUGUCACUCGGCUGCGGAGUCUUGGCCGGUCUCGUCGUGGCUGUGGCCGGUGCAUCCUCAGCCUUGGCUCAGAGAAACCAGUUCGGCUUCACCACUGGCAUGGAUGAGGAAGUGAAGAAACUUGAUGUGGGUGCCAAAUCAUCUGGCCUUUUGUCCCAGCUGGGCAGUACUUCCGGCGACCCCAAGUGGGACCCCAAGGAGAAGGUGGUCUACCCCUGGGGCGGGGACAACAUCAAGGAGAUUGAUGCCGAGCUGAAAGCACGGGAAGCGAAGAAGUAG